ACACAUUUCAUUCAUCUUCCAAAACCCACUCUUUCCAUUCGUUAAAAACAACCCUAAUUCUUCACAUACUUACUGUGUGUUUUAAGUGUUUAAGUGUUUUACUGGUUCUGUUCUUGUUCUUGUUUUGCUGCUGCGAUAUCAUCUGGUUUACUGUGUUUUCUUGUUCUUGUUGCUGCGAUCAUGGCCGACAAAUCAGUUUGCGAGACUGUCGCCGUUGUGAAGGUGGAGGCUGAGGAAGACUGUAACGAGGCGGUGGUUUUGGUCGAAGUAGACCGUAAAGUUUAUGUCUCUGAGACGGAAAAGAAGCCGGAGUGCAAAGAAGAGAAGAAGGAAAGCGAUUGUAGUCAUUCUGGCGACGAUUGUGUAGAUGGGAAAACCAAGAAAGCCGAAUUGAAGGAGAAGAUAGAAGAGGAGAAGGAGAAAAUUGGGGAUAAAAUACACGAGGCCAAGUACAAAGUAGAAGAGAAAGCAGAAGAACUCAAAGAAAAGAUCGAGUGUGAUGUGGAAGAGGCCAAAGAAAAGAUCAGGGAAAAAGAAUACGAGCACGAGUACAAAAAAGAAGAACACAAGGAAAAACUCAAGGAGGAAGUAGAGGAGGCCAAAUACAAGAUAGAAGAGUUCAAGGAGAAGGUUGAGACCAAAGAGGGAGAGAUUAAAGAGAAAAUUGAGGAGAAAAUAGAAGAAUUCAAGGAAGAGAUUGAAGAAAUAGUGGCCGAGGCGAAGCACAAGAAAGAAGAACUCAAGGAGAAGAUCGAGUGUGAAAUAGAAGAAGCAAAAGAAAAAAUCAAGGAAAAGGAAAUAGAACACGAGUACAAAAAGGAAGAACGCAAGGAAAAACUGAAGGGAGAAGUAGAUGAGGCCAAGUACAAAAUCGAAGAACUCGAGAAGAAGGUUGAAUGUAUAGAGGAGGAAGUUAAGGAGAAAAUCGAGGAGAAAAUCGAAGAAUUCAAGGAAAAGAUUGAGAAGAAAGUGGAGGAGGUCAAGUAUGAAAAGGAAGAACUGAAGGAGAAGAUCGAGUGUGAAAUAGAAGAGGCCAAAGAGAAGAUCAAGGAAAAAGAAUACGAACACGAGUACAAAAAGGAAGAACACAAGGAGAAACUGAAGGAGGAAGUAGAGGAGGCCAAGUACAAAAUAGAUGAAGUCAAGGAGAAGAUCGAGUGUAAAGAAGAAGAGGUUAAAGAGAAGAUCGAGGAGAAAAUAGAAGAAAUCAAGGAAAAGAUUGAGGAAAAAGUGGAGGAGGCCAAGUACGAAAAAGAAGAACUCAAGGAGAAGAUCGAGAGUGAAAUAGAAGAGGCAAAAAAAGAGAUCAAGGAAAGGGAAUACGAGCACGAGUACAAAAAGGAAGAACACAAGGAAAAGCUCAAGGAGGAAGUAGAGGAGGCCAAGUACAAGAUUGAAGAAUUUAAGGAGAAUGUCGAGUAUAAAGUGGAAGAGGUUAAAGAGAAGAUCGAGGAGAAAAUAGAAGAAUUCAAGGAAAAGAUUGAGGAAAUAGUGGCUGAGGGCAAGCACAAGAAAGAAGAACUCAAGGAGAAGAUUAAGUGUGAAAUUGAAGAGGCCAAAGAGAAAAUCAAGGAAAAAGAAUACGAGCAUGAGUACAAAAAGGAAGAACACAAGGAAAAACGCAAGGAAGAAGUAGAGGUGGUCAAACACAAAAUUGAAGAACUCAAGGAGAAGGUCGAGUGUAUAGAAGAAGAAAUUAAAGAAAAAGUUGAGGAAAAGAUAAAAGAAUUCAAGGAAAAGGUUGAGGAAAAAGUGGAGGAGGUCAAGUACGAAAAAGAAGAACUCAAGGAGAAGAUCGAGUGUGAAAUAGAAGCGGCCAAAGAGAAAAUCAAGGAAAGGGAAUACGAGCAUGAGCACAAAAAGGAAGAGCGCAAGGAAAAACACAAAGAAGAAGUAGAGGAGGCCAAACACAAAAUCGAAGAACUCAAGGAGAAGGUCGAGUGUAAAGAGGAGGAGGUUAAAGAGAAAAUCGAGGAGAAAAUAGAAGAACUCAAAGAAAAGAUCGAGUGUGAAGAAGAAGAGAUCAAAGAGAAGAUCAAGGAGAAAGAGUACGAGCACGAGCACAAAAAGGAAGAGCGCAAGGAAAAACACAGAGAAGAGAUAGCGGAAGCCAAGCACAAAAUAGAAGAACUCAAGGAGAAGGUCGAGUGUAAAGAGGAAGAGGUGAAAGAGAAGAUCAAAGAACUCAAGGAAAAGAUCGAAUGUGAAGUAGAAGAGGUUAAAGAGAAGAUUAAGGAGAAAGAAAUCGAGCUCGAGUACAAAAAGGAAGAACACGAGGAGAAACUGAAGGAGGAAAUAGAGGACGUCAAACACAAAAUAGAAGAAAUCAAAGAGAAUAUCGAGUGUAAGGUGGAAGAAAUCGAAGAGAAGAUCAAAGAGAAGAUAGAAGAGGUCAAGGAAAACAUAGAAGAGAAAAUUGAGGAGCACAAGGAGAAAAAAGAACUGAAGAACGAAAAGAAAGAACUGGAGAAAGAAAUGAAAGAACUCGAGAAGAUCAAGAAACAUGAAGAAGAGAGAUGUGAAGUUGUCACCCUGCCGGAGCCAAGUUAUGAACAAGAAGAGAAAAUUGUAUUCGUUGAGAAGAUCGAGGUGAAGGCUGAAGAAGACUGUGUUGCCGCUCCACCACCACCACCUCCGGUGGCGGCACACAGCGAUUAUACCGCCACAGUCGAAGUUGAACACAAGGAGAAGAAGGGUAUCUUCGAAAAGAUCAAGCAAAAGCUUCAUGGGAAUCAUCAUUCAAAGAGUGAAGAGAAGAAGGAAAAGGAGCAUUACUAGUUAAAGACGGAAAACCACAAUGAUACUUUGAGUUUGUUUGUCGGGUUUGAUGGUGUUUAUCGGUUUGGUGAUUUUGCAUUUCGAUUCAAGUACACAUUCAUAUGUUCAUAGGUAGGAGCUUUGUUUGGAUUUCUAAAGUGUUGUUGCUCAUGAUUUAUGUCUGAGUCCAUAAAUUUGUAUUCUUUAAUAGCUUGUGUAGAGAGUAUUUUGGUUUUGUAUACUCUGAAAUUUGAUCGAAUAAACUUUUCUUCCUGUUA